CUAUACCUCUACCUCACAAGAUGUAAAGUGUAGUGACUGCGUAUCUGUGUAGGUCUUUCAUGGCUCCGUUCUUUGCAGUUUUCCCGGCUUUGCUGAGCGCCAUUCCUGCUGGCCUGCAUGUCACUGUGCUCCUGCUCUCGGCCUCUCUCAUCACCUUCGCUCUGCUCGCUGCUGCCUUCUCUGUGGUCAACGCCUUCGGCAGCCCGUAUGAGACCCUCCACGGCACCACCGGCCUGUACCUCUGGAAUUUCAUCGCUGGUUGCUGUGGUUUGCUGGUGAUGAUAUUAUUCGCCGCCGAGGUCAAAGUGCAGCGGCUGUCGGAGAGAAUCGCCAACCACAGGGAGGAGCAGUUUGUCUUCCUGACGCGGGCCGAGGCCUUCAGCUUCUCCUUCUGGCUGCUCAGCGUCUGUGCCUCCCUGCACUGUGCCAGCGCCUGCCUGCUCACACUGUCUGGUGCACGGCUGCCCUUUCCCAAGGCUGCCGGGACGGGGGCCGGGGUCGGGGGAGUGGAGCUGAUGUACUGAGCCUCCCCCCCGCCCAGGCCUGGCAACAUGAUAAACAGGCCUCUGUUUACUGUCACGGGAGGUUGCAAGUGCAAAAAGCACCUACAUCUGCACGUGCACAAACACAAGCGCGUGCACACUUACACAUAACCACGCAUGCAAACAUGCACGGGUACAUAUACAAACCUGCACACACAUAUUCGUGUACCAACACGCACACUUCGCUGCAGCUGCGGCUGAGGUUUCACUUCGAUCCUCACUGAUAAGAAGUGAACGGACAGGUGGUGAGUUAAUGUAAUACUCGGGAUGGAAGCGCUCGCUCAGUUUGACUAUCAGGCACAUUGUGGUUUCUGAGCUGCAGCCUUACUGUAAAGGUAUGAAUAUUAAAUGAGACACAUU